CGUCUCUUAAUAGCGUCUCAGAAACUCCUGGCGAGCGUCGGCGAUGGGUUCCAUGGGGUUACAGAUGCUGGGCAGCGCCCUGGCCCUGUUCGGCUGGAUCGGGGUGCUCAUCACGUGCGGGGCCCCCAUGUGGCGAGUCACCGCCUUCAUCGGGAACAACAUCGUGACCUCGCAGACGAUGUGGGAGGGCAUUUGGAUGAGCUGCGUGGUCCAGAGCACGGGCCAGAUGCAGUGUAAGGUCUACGACUCCAUGCUGGCCCUCAGCACAGACCUGCAGGGGGCCCGGGCCCUCGUGGUGGUCUCCAUCAUCACGGGCAUCGUGGGGAUCCUCAUCGCGUUUGCCGGCGGGAAAUGCACCAACUUCAUCCCAGAGGAGAGGGCCAAGGCCAAGGCCUUGGUGGCGGCCGGUGUGGUGCUCAUCAUCAGCGGACUCCUGUGCCUCAUCCCGGUGUCGUGGACCGCCAGCAUCAUCAUCAGAGACUUCUACAACCCUAUACUGGUGGACGCGCAGAAAAGAGAACUCGGGGCCUCUCUGUACGUGGGCUGGGGGGCCGGGGCCCUGCUGGUCCUGGGAGGGGGGCUCCUCUGCGCUAACUGCCCCCGAGACGAAGAUAAUAAAGCCCCGUCUGUGAAAUACCUGCUGAACAAGACCUCAGGAGCAAGUAAAGUGGACUCGGUCCGGUCGUCAACGCCGACCAAGACGUACAUUUGAGUUUUUAACCCUUUAACCCCCAAGACAUGAUUCCAGGUGAAGGCGCUGCGGUGAAUUAGCGUCUGUUUCAGGUUCAUAAAAGCUGCAGUGAGUAUGUGUUUGUGUUCCUGUUGUUCACUGGUUUUGUUUUACUGUGUGUUUAAGGUCAAAACAGGUGGAAUAACAGAAAAAGACA